AUGUCGUCACUCCUGGCCCAGGCCAGCCACAGCCGGCCACUGCAGCUGGCGGCGACGGCGAUUGUGUCGGGCGCGGUCGCCGUCGGCGUGCUCUUGGGCGUCCAGCACAACGUCCAGGCGUCACGGCUGCGUCGUCUGAAACGGUCAGUCGCCAACGAUGUGGCCGCGGAGGAAGCCGCGGAGGCGGUUGGCGGCAAGACAGCCGCGUCGAGAAAGGCACAGGCCAACGGCGGCGUCGACCACAACGACCUCGGCGAGGUGGUUGAGACGGAAGACCCGGAAGAGCUGCGUGCCCUCGCCCUCGCCCGCCGCGCCCAGGCCGGCGACUACGCCGAAGAGGUCAUUCUGGAGCAGCUGACGCGCAACCAGGCGUUCCUGACGCCGCAAGGGCUGCAGAACGUGCGCGAUGCCGUCGUGGUGGUUGUUGGCUGCGGCGGGGUCGGCUCGCACUGCGCGGCCGCCCUCGCCCGCAGCGGCGUGGCACGCAUCCGCCUCGUCGACUUUGACCAGGUGUCACUGAGCUCGCUCAACCGGCACGCCGUGGCGACGCUGGCCGACGUUGGCCGGCCCAAAGUGCGCGUCCUGUCGCGGCGGCUGCUGGCCGUGGCGCCGUGGGUGCGGUUCGAUCUGCGCGGCGAGAAGUUUGACAAGGCGUCGGCUGCGCGUCUCCUGGGCCCGUGGCGGGACGCGGACGUCGAGGGUGCGUCGGGCGCGGGAGCUGACGGCACCAAGGAGCGCCCCGUGUCGUUUAUUGUCGACGCCAUUGACAACAUCGACACCAAGGUCGAGCUGCUGCGCUACUGCCACGAGCACAAGCUGCCCAUUAUCGCGUCCAUGGGUGCCGGCACCAAGAGCGACCCGACCAAGGUGGUGGUCGGCGACAUCGGCUCGAGCGCCGAGGACCGGCUGUCGCGCGCAACGCGGCGGCGGCUCAAGCUGUUGGGCAUCACGAGCGGCAUUCCGGCCGUGUACUCGACGGAGCGCACAGAGGCGGGCGACGGGAAGGCUGCGCUGCUGCCGCUGCCGGACGAGCAGUUUGCCAAAGGCAAAGAUGCAGUGCGUGAGCUGGGUGCGCUGCCCGACUUUCGUGUGCGUAUCCUGCCGGUGCUGGGCACGAUGCCGGCGGUGUUUGGCUACACGCUGGCGAACCAUAUUCUCUUGGUCCUUUCUGGCUACCCACACGACUAUGCGGCCGUCAAGGGACGUGACAAGAUGUACGAUCAGAUCCUGGCGGCUGUGCACGGCUUUGAGGAGAAGAUGGUGCGCCAUUUUGAAGAGGCCAGCAAGACCAAGACGGCGAAUGGCGACACUGCCCUCACCGACGACAGCAACAGCAAAAAGGACAAGACGAGCAAAAAGGACAAGAAAAAGACGACGCCGUAUGACGCCAACUCCGCCGCCGUCGGCCUGCGCGUGCCCUUGACGUCGGCCGACGUGGCCUUUCUUGUCGAGGAAAUCUACCGCGGCCGCAGUGCCGUUUCGGGUCUGCCCACGCGCACGACGCUUGUCCGCUGGCAGCUGCCACAACGCGCCCAGGGCGCCGACGGCAUCGUCGAGUCCCUGCUGGACCGUGUGCGCCCAGCGGCCGCAGACCUCGAGGGCGACAUGCCCCUGCAGGCCGAGCAGAAGACGGCUCGCCUGCACCUGGGCGACCUUGUGUGCAUGACGCGCGAAGAGGCCAGCCGGCACCAGGAUCAGAUCCUGUUCCAAGGCCGGCCGCUGUCGAGCCUGUACGACGAGGCCACGCUGGCGCGCAUCGAGGCGCGGCGGCACGAGGCGGCCGAGUAUGAGAAGUAUAGGUAA